AUGUUCGAAAUUACGAUAUGUACAACUAACUUCUACAUCAUUUUAUGACAUUAAGUGCUCUCCGUAUCAUAGUUAUUGACACAACUAAAACGUGAUUGGUUCUGAUUGCCUCUAAGUGAUCAUAGUUGAUCAUACAUGCACUUACACACUUGGUGCACGCUACGGCGAAGAGUUGUUUCGGACGUAAAGUUUUUUUUGUAUUCGAUAAUUAAUCAAAAAUUUAUUUAAUAAUAUAUUUGAUAUAAUCAAAGAUACAUAUAAUCGGAGUUAAAAACUCGUAGAUUUUCGCAAUCAUGUUUCUGUCUAAGGUAAUUCAAAAGUUAAAAAGUUCUGCGCAGAAAAGACCGCUACUCUUCAAUUCAGUGAUAUACGGUUCUUUUUAUACCGGCGCCGAAUUUGCACAACAAACUUAUAGCAAAAUAUUCAAGUUUCCGUUAUCGUCGUCUUCGUUAUCAGUAAACGGCGAGGAGACGGACACCUCUAAAACUGAGAAACCGCUGUUUGUUUGGAUAAAAAAAUUUGAUCAAAUGCUGGGUUUAUUGAACGAAAAUGAUUGGACGCAAUCGAGAAGUUAUAAUUGGCCUCAACUUAAGCGAUAUGCUAUUUAUGGUUGUUUCAUUGCAGGACCAGUGCUGCACGGAUGGUACAAAUGGUUGGAUAUGUUUUAUAAAGGCAAAACUGUAAAAAUUGUUGUCACAAAACUUUUGGUCGACCAAUUUAUUCUUACACCACCAUUAAUUACGCUGUUUUUUAUCAGUAUGAGCUUGAUGGAGGGUAAAUCAAACGCGUUCGAUGAAUGUAAAGCAAAAUUUUUGCAAACGUUCAAGAUGCAGUGGUUUGCCAUAAUGAUGUGUUUAUAUGCUGGGGUAGCAAGUGCAAGAACAGAAGAAGAUCAACAGACAUCCUCUUCAACUUCAAUUAUUGGGAUCUCUGAUGGUCUUUUAGAACAUUGUUUUUAUCGGCAGUCCAGUGAAUGUCCUGACGUUAAGAUAACUCAAUGUUCUUGCAAGAAAAUUGUCCUAACUCAUAAUAAUCCCGAGGAUAACGCCGUAUUUUGUUGCAAUUUAAAUGUUCAAAACUUUGAAUCAGAACUUUCCUGCGCAGGAUUUCCAUCAAACAUAUCGUACAUACAUAUAAGAAAUGCAACAUUGGAUAUAUUCAAUGUAAGUGAAAUUCGAUGGAGAAGAUUAAAGUCACUUGCAAUUACCGAUGGCAAGAUUAAUAGAGUGAAAGGACAAUUUCGAAUGAUGACACCAACAGUUUGCUUGAAUCUUUCAAACAAUGCCCUUAUUGAGGUAGAGAACAAUUCGCUUACCCGUUUAGCUCAACUCACUACUUUGGACUUGUCAUAUAAUAAUCUUACACAUUUGCCAGCUUUAAAUACAAUGAAUGGCCGUGAAUUUUGGCUUGAUAUUUCAGGAACUAACACACUCUGGUGUCAUGACAUUUACCAAUAUAUUAAUAAAACAGGGGAAAAACAAAUUAAUUUUAAUCAUGAAAAUGAAACUGUGUGUUCAGCUAGUAAAACUUGGCAUUGGUUCAAUACUACGGAACAGGUUCCAUUAAAACAAGUUCGAUAUCUCAGUUUGUUGCAAACAGAAUGUCCAAAAGGAGAUACAUGGCAAUGUCAGUGCAACUUUAGAAGAUUGGAUAUUGUCGAAGGUAAACCACCGACUUUAGCGGUAAAUGUAGAUUGUAGUGGAAUUCAAAUUACCGAAUUACCUGAAAAAUUACCUCGCAAUACUAUAGCGCUGAAUGUAUCAUACAAUAAUAUCACUGCAUUAGAUGAUUUAAGUACCAAUCCAUGUUAUGAAGAUAUAAGAGAGUUUUAUGCCGACUAUAACAAUAUAUCAUCUAUAAACAAACUAGAAGGUUCCAAGUUUUUAGAUAACUAUGCUUUACUAAGUUUGCGAUAUAACAAAAUUAAAUCUCUUCCAACGUAUAUUUUAAGUCCUAAUACUCAUGACAAAAGUUUUAUCAGUUCACGAUUAGUAAAACUUGGAGGAAAUGAAUUACAUUGUGAUUGUAACACGGCUAAGUACCUAAAGGUAUGGCUACAAACUCGUAUAUUGGAUUCUGAUGAAGUAUUGUGUGAAAAUGUGAAGGAAAAAGUCGUUGACUUAGAACCUUCAAAAAUGUGCGUUUAUCCUGGUGAUUGGACAGAUUAUAUUUAUUACAUUAUUGCUACAGAAGUUAUACUUUUAAUAAGUCUAAUAGCUAAGGUAUCUUAUGAUUAUUGGAUUUUUAAAACAUUAGGCUAUCUUCCUUGGCCAGCAAAUAAAAUGCCAAAACUACCUUGUGAUUGGCUAUGUGAGACGUAAUACUUUUUUUGUAUUUCAUUUGUAAUAUAUAUUUUACUGAAAGAAAUUAAUUUUAAUACUUUUACAUCUCAAUACUUGAACAGUAAAAAAUAUUAAGUUUUCGUAUUUCAUUAAAUAUACAUGUUUUGCGUAUAUACACAAAUAUAAUAUGAAAAAUGUUAACUAAACGGUUAUUCUCAAUUAUAUAUUCUACAAAAAUAUAUAACUAUUCAAAUCGUAAAUAUAUAUCCAAUCAAAUACAACUAUGCAGACUCAAAAUUUUAUAUAGCAAUCUGAAUUAGUGUCUUGAUUUUUAAAUGAUAUUCAAAAAUAUAAUAUAAAAGUCAAGUAUAUUUAAGUUUAUAAUAGUAUAAUUGUCAAUAAGUAUUUACAGUUCUUAAUUAAUAACCACUUUUUAUCAAAAGCAAUUUAUUUUAAUGAAUACUCUUCAGUGAAUCUUGAAAUAUAUUUUUGUAUAAAUAAGUCCAUACAAGAUGCAUAUCAGAUAUAUAAAUUUAAAUAUUGCCUAUGUGUAAUAAAAAUGUGAUAUUUUCUAUUAAAUACAUAUUGUCUUAUUAUUUUAUAAUGAAAAUAUAUUGAUUAAGAA